CCGGCCCGCGGGGCGUGUGCACCGGACAAUGUUGCGCACUCGCCGGCGCUACCCGCGCUGGCACUCGACCUAAUAUUUCACGUACAGUAAUACACCCAGUUGCGGUGUCGUUGCAUGUAAGUGCGCGAGUGCGAGGUGAGCUUUCCAAAGGAUACGUAAUAUAGGAACAGGAGAGCUACGGAUCGAUCCCCAUCCCCCGGGGCAAGGAUGGCGCUCCUGUUUGUCGUGAUCGUCAUCAUGCUCACCACUGCCACGUCCCUGCCGCCUGUCAUCCGAAUCGGUGCGAUAUUUACGGAGGAUCAAAAGGACACGCCCUCGGAGUUGGCGUUCAAGUACGCCGUGUACAAAAUCAACAAGGAAAAAGUCCUUCUGCCGAAUACCACGAUGGUGUACGACAUCCAGUAUGUGCCUAGAGACGAUUCGUUUCGAACUUCGAAAAAAGCCUGUAAGCAGCUGUCGCGCUCCGUGCAGGGGAUAUUUGGGCCGGCGGACUCGCUCCUGGGCGCCCACAUCCAGAGCAUAUGCGAGGCCCUGGACGUGCCCCACAUCGAGGCCAGGGUCGACUUCGAGCCCGCCUACCGGGAGUUCAGCAUCAACCUGUACCCCGCCCAGGACCACCUGAACCGCGCCUUCCGGGAUCUCAUGUCCUUCCUCAACUGGACCAAGGUCGCCAUCAUCUACGAGGAGGAUUUUGGUCUGUUCAAACUGCAAGACUUAGUGAAAUCGCCGCCUUCGCCGAAAACCGAGAUAUAUAUCCGCCAGGCUGGACCUGGAUCGUAUAGACAAGUACUCCGAGAAAUCCGACACAAAGAAAUUUAUCAAUUAAUCGUCGAUACGGAUCCCGUGUACAUGCCGCUAUUCUUUAGAGCAAUAUUACAGCUACAGAUGAACGAUUAUAGGUACCACUACAUGUUCACGAGUUUCGACAUCGAAACGUUCGAUCUCGAGGAUUUCAAGUACAAUAGCGUAAACAUGACUGCCUUUCGACUGGUCAACUCGGACAACUCCGGGGUAUCCGAGACGCUGAAGCAGCUGGAACGAUUCCAGCCCAUCGGACACGCGAUCCUCAACAGAUCGGGAAUCAUACAGGCGGAGCCAGCCUUGGUGUACGACAGCGUUCACGUGUUCGCGCACGGGCUGGCAGCGCUGGACCGUAGCCACGUACUCCGGCCCGCGAACCUCUCCUGCGAGAGAGAGGAGCCCUGGGACGACGGAUUGUCGCUGUACAAUUACAUCAACUCGGCGGGCUUGGAUGGUCUCACCGGGCGUAUCGAGUUCAACGAGGGCAAGCGCACGAAUUUCAAAUUGGAUUUGCUCAAGCUGAAAAAGGAGGAGCUGGUCAAAGUUGGCGAGUGGAGGCUCAACAGUGGGGUCAACAUAUCGGACGUCGGGGCGUUUUACGACACCACGGCAGCCAACAUUACCCUCGUUGUCAUGACGAGAGAGGAAAAGCCGUACGUGAUGGUGCGGGAGGGGAAAAAUUUGACGGGGAACGCGAGGUUCGAGGGGUUCUGCGUCGACCUGCUCAAGUGGAUAGCCGGCCAGGUGGGCUUCCAGUACGCCAUUCGUCUCGUGCCGGACCACAUGUACGGCGUCUACGACCCGGUCACCAAGGAGUGGAACGGCAUUGUGCGCGAACUCAUGGAAAAGAGGGCCGACUUGGCGGUGGCGUCGAUGACGAUCAACUACGCGCGCGAGAGCGUCAUAGACUUCACGAAGCCCUUCAUGAACCUUGGCAUAGGUAUUUUAUUUAAGGUGCCGUCGAGCCAGCCGACGCGUCUCUUCUCCUUCAUGAACCCGUUGGCGGUGGAGAUCUGGUUGUACGUGCUCGCUGCCUACGUCCUCGUGAGUUUCACCCUGUUCGUGAUGGCCCGGUUCAGCCCGUACGAGUGGAACAACCCGCACGCGUGUCCCGCGGGCGAGGCGGUCGAGGUGGUCGAGAACCAGUUCACCGUGAGCAACAGCUUCUGGUUCAUCACCGGCACGUUUCUCAGGCAGGGCAGCGGGCUCAACCCCAAGGCCGCGAGCACGAGGAUAGUCGGUGGGAUCUGGUGGUUCUUCACCCUGAUCAUCAUCUCCUCGUACACGGCCAAUCUGGCGGCCUUCCUAACGGUCGAGCGCAUGAUCACGCCGAUCGAGAACGCCGCCGAUCUCGCUGAACAGACCGACAUACCCUACGGCACCCUCUCCGGUGGCAGCACCAUGACCUUCUUCAGGGACUCGAAAAUAGCGAUAUACCAGAAGAUGUGGAGGUACAUGGAGUCGAAGCAGCCGUCGGUCUUUGUCUCGGACUACGAGGAGGGCAUCCAGAAGGUCCUCCAGGGCAACUACGCCUUCCUCAUGGAGUCGACGAUGCUCGACUACGCGGUGCAGCGGGACUGCAACCUCACGCAGAUCGGUGGCCUCCUCGACAGCAAGGGCUACGGCAUAGCCACUCCCAAAGGCUCGCCUUGGAGGGACAAAAUAUCCCUGGCCAUACUCGAGCUCCAGGAGAAGGGCGUGAUUCAGAUACUUUACGACAAGUGGUGGAAGAACACCGGGGACGUGUGCAACCGCGACGAGAAGAGCAAGGAGAGCAAGGCCAACGCCCUGGGGGUGGAAAAUAUUGGCGGAGUCUUCGUGGUUUUGCUCUGCGGCCUGGCUCUAGCGAUCCUCGUGGCCAUUCUGGAAUUUUGCUGGAACUCAAAGAAAAACGUCCGAUCGGACCGGGUAAGUUUCAAGCAUCCACCGCCCUCCCUGUGCAGAGAGAUGGUGUCGGAGCUGCGUUUCACGUUGCGCAGCGGUGCCAGGCAGAGGCCCGCCCCGAAACGGCGCUCGGGGGCCGCCUCGGGCGUACCGGCGGUCUCGUGCAGCAGGUGCAGCUCGCGCUCGUCGAUGCGCCGGAGCCGCCACUGCCCGAGCCAGGGCCCCCACGAGGAGACCACCUACGUACCGAGCAUCGACAUACCUUGGCUAAAUGAUGAUCUAGUUACCGAACUGUAAGAUGUUGAGCAUCGCGUGCAGGCGAACAAUCAAAGGUGAAACAAGAGGCA